AGUUCAGUGUUCUGGCUGACUGAAUUUUGGCUGAGGUGUAGUCCCAUACGCCCAGCAUCUAGCUAGUAUUGUACUUGGUUGGGUAACUUAAACAAUUAGGAGGCAAGCUGUGCCUACAUUGAAUUGCUGCUGUUUGUUGAGAAACACCAUGCUGGGAGCUGCUGUUGAUUUGCAGAGAUACAUGUAAGAAGAGACGGUGUGUCUGUCAGGCAGAACUGCUAUACAUUCAGGAUGGGCACAAGGUCAGAAGAUUACAGUGUGGACUUCAGCCCAUCGAUACAUGAAUUUUUGGAUCCAAGAGGUAGUUAUGGUGUAAGGAAUUUUCACCGUGGUCCCAAGGCCCUCCAUGCAAACAACAGACCUAAGUUCAGGGCUGGUGAGCCUUCUGCUGGAUUUUCCUGGCUUCUUAUCUUGGCAGUGGUGGCCGUCACUGUUGUUAUCCUAGCUCUUAUCAUCGGCGUUCCUUUGGCUGUCAUCUUUGGAGUCGUCUUGCCAAAUUCCUCAACAGAACCUGCAACACAAGCAACCACCACAGUUGUUACCACUACUGUCACCAGAGCACCAACACAACCUAGGCCUACAGUUGCUCCACCCCGAAGGGUCCUUCAAGUGUUGUGUCCGGCCAACAUCAACAUGGGCACGGAUGACGGCCAAGCUUAUGCAGUCAGCAACUGGAGUCUGCCGACUGUGCUUAGCCCGACGGGACAAGUGCAGAUGACAUCGACUGCCCAGCCGAACUCGCAGUUCCCUAUUGGGACCCACAGCGUUCAGUACACUGUGACAGAUGCCGCAAACAAUAGGGGCACCUGCUCUUUCCUGGUCACAGUUUUCGAUGAUGAUCCUCCCUCCAUUCAAUGCCCGCCUAACAUGACUGUACCCACUGACCAGGGAUCACGUUCAGCACGUGUGAACUUCACACUUCCGAUUGUCACCGAGAAUUCCAAUAUCCCAGUGACGUGGUACAUGACCGAUAGACCAGGGGACCAUUUCUUAAUUGGUCGGCAUCCAGUCACCUUUGUCGUGCAAGAUGGGGCCAACAACGAGGGCAGGUGCACCUUCAUCAUUUGUGUUGAAGAUCGUGAAGGCCCACGUGUCACCUGCCCUGGUGACAUCACAGCAUUCACUAACAGCCCUUUGGGCAGUGCGCAAGCAACCUGGCCUUUGCCCACCGCCUUUGACAACAGCCUGACUUCAACCCAGAGCAUGUGUUUUCCAGCGAGCGGGUCUUUGUUCUUGUAUGGCUUGACCUCCGUGAACUGCUCAGCCAGCGAUAUUGCAGGGAACUCUGGAACCUGUAUGUUUAAAGUCAACAUACAAUUCAAUGAUACACAGCCACCUGUAUUCGCUGGAUGUCCUGGUGACAUCCAACAAAAUGCCACCAUGAAUAUGUCCAGCGCUGUGGUGACAUGGGUCUCGCCAACUACCUCCGAUAACUCACUUGAGCCACCCACCGUGACCUCUAACAUACAGGCCAAUACAUCGCUAUUGAUUGGAACUUAUGUGGUUAUGUACACUGCUGAGGAUGCGGUUGGAAAUGUGGCCACGUGUAAAUUCACUGUGGAAGUAAUAGAUGUCGAAGAUCCAGUCAUCACGUGCCCAGCUGACUUCAGUAAUAACACCAAUGAUGGACAGGCCUAUGCCAUUGUCAGUCUGCCAGCCCCUACCACAAGCGAUAAUUCUGUGACAAACUUGACAGUUACUACUAACCCGUGUGGGCCGUCACCCACCCUCAAUAUUGGCAACAAUGUGGUCGUCUAUACUGUCAGAGAUAAUAGUGGGAACAUUGCGUCAUGUAAUACUACAGUCAUGAUCUUAGAUAACGAGCCUCCUAAGAUUAUGUGUCGCUCGGUCUACACAGUACGGGCAGAUCAAGGGCAGUCCUUUGGCAAUGUCAGCCUUCCACCCCCUGAAUUGCUGAUCGACAAUUCAGGGGGAGACAUUGGCGUCACUACCUCACCGGCCAACAACAGCAUGCUGGACAUUGGGAUGAACUCCGUCGUGUACACUGCAACGGAUCCAUCAGGGAACAUGGCAUCGUGUAAUCUGUCUGUCUCAGUAGUGGACUUUGAAACGCCAGAUUUGUCCUGUCCGGAUGAUGUCAACACCACCACCGAUGCUAGGAUGCCCACUGCACGGGUCAACUUCACAGCCACAGUCAUUGAUAAUUCGGGCAUCUCUGCUGUUGCGUCAGACUACCCUUCUGGAAGUGCAUUUCCCAUCGGUGAUACACUGGUGACAUUCAACGCCACAGACACUGCAGGGAACAGGGCCACCUGCAAUUUUACCAUCACAGUUCGAGAUGAGGAAGAUCCAGAAAUCACAUGCCCGGCCCACCUCAGUCCGAACACUGACAGUGGGCGAGCCACUGCCACAGUCGAUCUACCUAAUGCCGUGACAACGGACAACUCCAUGACAAACCUGAGUGUCACCACCGAUCCUUCUGGGUCACUCACCCUUAAUAUCGGUAUCCACACUGUCACGUACACUGUUACUGAUGAGAGUGGGAAUUCAGCAUCGUGCAACAUCACUGUCACUGUUAGAGAUGUGGAGCCCCCAACAGCAUUGCCCCCGCCUAAUUUUGAAAUACCGACUGACCCUGGGAAAGCCUACGCUACGGUCAGCCUUCCGCUGCCGACCAAUGUGAUCGACAAUUCUGGAGGGGAAGUAACCAUCACAACAUCACAGGCCAAUAACAGCAUCCUGGACAUUGGGCCAAUCCAAGUCACAUACAAUGUGACAGACCCCUAUGGGAACAACUAUACAUUCACAAUUGUGAUCACAGUCGUAGACGAAGACCCACCUGUUCUGAUCUGCCCGGAUGAUAACAUCACUUUCACAGAUGCUGGCCAAGCAUUUGCCACUGUGACAUUUGACCCACGGAACCUGACUGACAAUGACCGAAACAUGCCCAACCUGACGGCUGACCCCACUGGGAACAUGUUCAACAUAGGAUCCACCAAUGUCACUUUGACGGCACGAGAUCGCUCCGGCAAUAUGAAAAACUGUACAUUCACUAUCACUGUUCAAGAUAAUGAAGAUCCAGACAUCUCAUGUCCAGCCAGUUUCAACCAAAGUGCUGAUAAAGGUCAAGCAAACACCACAGUCAUCUUCCCUAGUGCCACAGCAAGUGACAACUCCAUGACAGUGACAGUCACCUCCGUUCCGUCUGGAUCGGCUACCCUCAGUAUUGGCAGGCACACUGUAAUAUAUACAGCCAUGGAUGAUAGCCGUAAUGCAGCUCUCUGUAAUCUGACAGUCACAGUCGUAGACAUGGAGCUGCCAACAGCAACACCCCCACCUAAUUUUGAAACACUGACUGACCCUGGGAAACCCAGUGCUGUAGUUAGCCUUCCAUUGCCAACCAAUGUGAUGGACAAUUCUGAAGGGGAGGUAAACAUCACAACGUCACCGGCCAACAACAGCGUGCUGGAUAUUGGAACCAACAAGGUCACGUACAUGUUGACAGACCCAUCUGGAAACACUCUCACAUUUAAUAUCAGUGUUGUAGUUAGAGAUGAAGAGCCACCUGUCUUGACAUGCCCGGAAGACAACGUCACUUCCACGGAUUUGGGGGAAGCAUUUGCCAAUGUGACAUUCCAGCCAAAGAACCUGACCGACAAUGAUGGGAAGAUACCCAGCCUGAUGUCCAAUUUUUCUGGGAAUUUGUUCAGUAUAGGGUCGACCAUCGUCACCCUGAUAGCGGAAGAUGGUGCCGGAAACAUGAACAAUUGUACAUUCACCAUUACUGUCCGAGAUAUUGAAGAUCCGGACAUCAUGUGUCCAGCCAACUUCAACAGAAGUGCCGAUAGGGGUCGAGCGAACACCACUGUCAUUUUGCCUAACGCCACAGCAAGUGACAACUCCAUGGAAUCAGUGACAGUCACAUCCGUCCUGUCCGGGGCGGUUAUCCUCGGUAUUGGCAAUCACAUGGUCACAUAUGCUGCCACGGAUACUAGCAAUAACACAGCAAUGUGCAAUCUGACAGUCACCAUCACAGAUAUGGAGCUUCCAACGCUGACCCCACCUUUGGACUUUGAGGUGCUGACUGAUCCUGGGAAACCCAAUGCUAUAGUUAGCCUUCCAUUGCCAACCAACAUAAUGGACAAUUCUGGAGGGGAGGUAAACAUCACAACGUCACCGGUCAACAACAGCAUGCUGGAUAUUGGAACCAAUGAAGUCAUGUACAUGGCAACAGAUUCAUCUGGGAACACUGUCAUGUUCAGCAUAAAUGUUACAGUCAUAGAUGAAGAACCACCCGUUCUGAUAUGUCCGAAUGAUAACGUCACUUCCACGGAUGCAGGCGAAAUAUUUGCCACUAUUACAUUGCAACCCCGGAACCUGACUGAUAAUGAUGGGAACCGUCCCACACUGAUGUCCAAUGCCUCAAGCAACAUGUUCAAUAUAGGUUUGACCAUCAUCACUCUGACGGCUGAAGAUGGCUCUGGAAACACAAACAACUGUACAUUCACCAUUACUGUCCAAGACGACGUACCACCAACGCUGGAGUGCCCCUCUGAAGUCAUAGUGUACAGCAACCAUCUCUCUAUACCGUUGCAGUUUUCAGGAGUGGCCACUUGGACCGUCAAUGUUAGUGACAAUUCACGUUUGCCGUUGAUGAGGAAUGACUCCACUCACCAAUCAGGAUCAGUCUUCAACGUAAGCUCCACGACUGUCACACACACUGCGGUGGAUGCCUUCAACAAUUCACAGCAGUGCUCCUUCAAUGUCACAGUUGUUGGAUUUCAGAAUACUUUGUGCACCUCAUCAACUUCUCUGAAUUUAACGGAAUUGAGCGGGACAGGUGUUGGAUACUUCGUGUUAUCCCCAUCAUAUGACGUUGGCUUGCCCUAUCCAAACAUGCAAGAAUGUAUCCUGCGUGUUUCAGCCCCAUCUGGUAGCCACGUACGUAUGAGGUUCAUCACGUUUGACACUGAACUGUCCGACCUUCUGACAGUUGGCAGUGGCCUGGAUGAAACUGACCGGACCACUUCUCUGGCAGUGUAUUCCGGUAUGCUGCCUGCUAUAACCAAUGGCUCCAAUCACGCCAAGGAUCGCGUGUUUGAUGGCGACUCCAUCUGGCUAAACUUCACCUCCGAUGUCUCCACUCCAAAACCUGCCAGUGGGUUUCUGCUGCAGUUGUACUCCACCACAAAUCCACGUGACUUAUACCCAGAUUCCUAUUCAUUCUGUGCUGAGUUUGAUGGUUUCCCUUGCCUAAACGGAACAUGUGUUAACAUUUCCAAGCGAUGCGAUGGCUCCAAUGAUUGCCUGAGUGGAGAGGAUGAAGUGAACUGCCCACCAAGUUGUCAGAUGGAGUUGACUGAAAAUGUAGGCUUCACACUAGAUGGUGUAAGUCACAUCGACAUAGUGUCUGUUAACUACCCUGGAGAGUAUCGGCCAUGCAAUGCUAGCUGGAAUAUCGAUUCUACCAGUGUUGUAUCACUCCGCCUUGUUGUCAUGGACAUUCAACUUGGCGCCGGUGACAGGCUCUAUGCCAUCAAUCAAGCCACAGGGUCACAGGUCACCCCUGACAUCGACUCACCAAUCAGCUUGCACCUGACAAAUGGCACCAGAUUCGCCCUAGUGUUUGUCAGUGGUGGUGGAGUUGGGCGGGGUUUUUGGGUCCGAGUGUGGCGAUACACAUCUGCUGGAUCGAGUUUCGAUUUCCCUGCAUACUGUGAAUUGGCUCUUCAUGGGGUUCAGUGUGGCGAGGACCAGUGUUUACAAGGCAGAACUAGGUGUAACCGUUAUAAAGAUUGUGCUGCCAACAACGAUGAGCAUAUGUGUGGCCAAACUGCAGAUUGCGGAAACACCAUCAUCAGUCUUGGAGGUCCGGGCAGCACAUACACCCUUACUUCUUUCAACUACCCGGCUGACUAUGUGACGGGCAUCAACUGCCAGUACAUGGUGACCACAUCGGCUGCCAAGAUCCGAGUCAGCUUCCGUGAUGUGGAGAUUGAUGUGGGGACAACUGACUAUCUGCACAUUGGCAAUGGGGACACCGUCAGUGAUGCCACAGAACUCCUGUGUCUGAACAACUUCUUCCUACCAGCAGAUUUGGUAUCCGAUGGCAACCAGCUAUGGAUUCAGUUUAUGAGUGAUGGCUUCAUCAAUAGACGUGGGUUUUGGAUCGAACUGGUGGCAGAGUAGCAUCAAUAUGAUUACUGGAGCUCAAACAAGAUCCUUCCAACCCUGUUCCUUCAAAGAAUCACGCACAAUGAAUCUUUAUCAGAAGUCUCCCUUGGAUGUAGAGCCAAUCGAAUGAACUCUGGGAUUCCCUGUUUAACUUAUGGACCAAAUAGUUUGUGCAGUACGCGUCCCACCAUGAAGUCCACAUCUUAUCCAGUGCCAAAAAUGAGCUCAUCAGUGGUCUCAACUUAAAGAUUUUUCUUGACGGUGUCAACUCAAAGAACAGGGACACAUAAACUUGAAGCAUGUUUGUGCUGGGAAGAAUGGGCCUGAAAAUAUUAACACACAUUUCAUGUUUUCAAUAAAAAGUCCACAAAAUCAAAGUGAAACUAUGGAAAUGUGCUUAGCAUCAGCUACUGUAGUUGAGAAUAGUGGUUGAUUUUUGGAAUAAAAUCAAGCACUGGUCAUGGAGGGGAUUUGAGUUUGUGAUUGCUGGUGCACACUUUCAGUGAAAGAGACAACUUUAUUCUUAGACCUUUCUUGAAUUGACCUUUCUAGACCUUGAGCUUGAAUUGAGGUGCCUGACAAAGACUCUCAAUUCACCAAAGUCAAAAAGGUUUGGAAACCUUUCGUGCGACAAUUCCCUUAGAGGCCAUCUCAACGUUUACUUCUUACGCAAAUAUAUUAGAAAUACCAUUUUAUACUUAAAGUUUCUGUAAACGUAUUUCUCAGCUCGUUUUGCUUGUUCAAUUUUGUCUUCAGGUGAUCUGAGCAGUAUUUUACACAGAGCAGUUCUUAAUCAUUGCACAGCACUUGCAUGAUUGGUGUUUUACCUGAAGUACACUCAUACAUAUUUAUAAGCUUAUUUGCAUGACUGCUAACCCUUUGACUUUGCUUAUAAAAGUGUUAACACAUUUCCCAGUGAAGUAUGCACAUAUAUACAGAGUGCAUACACUGAGUUUGAUUGUGUAAAUAUUCUACGUUUAAGCAUCAUUUAACUGGAAUUUGUAAAAACGCAGAAAUGCUGACCAAAGUGUAGCUGAUGCAUGUAAUUAUUGGCACUCAUUGGGAGGAACAAUUUCAACAAGAGUUGGCUUCAAAGUAGACAGAAACAUUCUCAGUUGGACUUUUCACAGAAUUGAUGAAUGUGGCUAGAUUGGGUAACAACUGCAAGAAAAUGGCUAAACCUGGAUGAUUCAAUCUAAAAAUUUACAAACUCCAGGAAAUUCUGAAACCUUUCAAUCCGGUGAAGCACAAAUAUAAGACUUUCAGUGUAAAUUACAGAAUUAUAUGCUACUAAAGAUAUUCACUAAAUUGCAGCUGCUUACUAAGAGAUGUGUAAAGAUCUAUGACAUGAUCUUUAACAGGCUUUGUUUUAGUUCUUUGUGGGAAAUUACAAGUAAGUUUUGAGGACCAAUCUGACGGGUUUGGGGACUGAGAGAUACCGGUAGUUUCUGUUUUUGUGUUAAUAACUAUAUUCAUGAAAGCCACUAAGCUGGCAUCAAAAAGAAUCGUCAGCUUUGUGUUUUGAGUUAAACAUUUAAUUUGUUGUGGGAAUUUAAUGUUGUCAAAGCUCUCAUCUUUAUGCAUUCUUGUGUGGCUUCAGUUUGUGGUAAUAAGUCAGUGUUCAAUAUUUUUAUUUAAUCAGACUUUUUAAUAAUAGACAGCAUCCUUGAAUUUGGGUCUAACAUUGCCAAUGCUGAUUCACUAACUUGAUGUGCUGACAUAAAACUAACCUCCUGUGGAAAUUGAUGAAGCAUUCUAUUUGAGAAUAGAAUUAAGUCUCCAUGGAAUACCUCAGAAGGCAGGUGUACUGGUUACUACAGAGUCAGUAUUUUGGUCUACAAAAACUCUCCCACAGAUUCUGCUUGAUUUCAAUCAUUGAUUAAGUUAACCUUAAAAAGUAGUUCCAUUGAUGUGCAAAAUUUGUUGAAUUUCACAAACACAUUUUCAAAGUACCUCUUCAUGGAAGGUUUGAACCCAGCUCGAUAGCACUAGUGCUUGGGCAUUACACUCAGAACCAGUUUUGAUAGACAUACUAUUUAGGUUGUUACAGGCAUAGUACUUUUGGCUGUACUCAGCAAGACAGAAAAAAAUAACACAUGCCAUGUGACUAGUUCUCAGCCAAUCAAGAAACAGAAUCUGUGGGUAAGGAUCUGUUAUAAAUAGGAUAAGGUGAAAAGACAGAAUCAAGUUCAAAUGCACUUGUAAUCUUAUGAGCACUUGUAAUCUUAUAUCAUGUAUUCAAUAAUGUGAAAAUCUGAAGCACAGUUAAAUUUGAACGAUACAUCUGUGAAAUCUACAGCUUGGUUUCUCAUUUAAAAAUUUCAUUUAUUAUAUUGCUUGACGAUCAGUGCCCAAGGUAUUACUGUUCCUAGAAAACUGUCACAUACAUGUAUCACCUACAAAUGUAAAAAAUCAUGAUCCCAACAGGAAGGUUUGGCUUUUUCAUGAACCUUCUUGAGGCCACACUAACUUAUAAAAGUCACUGUAAUAAUGCUGACAAAAUGGGCACUGUUGUGGAGGACGAAAAGUGGCCAUCUGCUUUUCUGCUAUCAGAAUGGUAGAAAAGCAGGUUUUAUGUUCUGGUAACAUGGAAUUUCGACUUUUCUACUUUUCUGCCAUUUCAAAAAGCAGAAAGCAGAACCUGCAACUGAUUAUACUUAUUAUGUCUACAAAUAUUGACUGCUACAUGGACAAGGUGUGAGCUUAGUAUUCAGAAUCAGAAAAGUGCAUUCUCAAAAUCAAAUAUGUCGAAGGUCACAGGAGAACAUCAAAAUGUGUACGCUCGGUCAGCUGUAUCACAGUAUGAUGUGACCUGUGUGAGGGCCAUUAUGUGCCAACUCAAACACAAUGAACAUGUUCAAACUGGUGUAACAUUGGGCUCUUUGUUCUUGAGUGACGCCACCUUCCUGAAAUACCUAACUGGCCCAUUGUUAAUUACUGACACCAGGCUGCCUCUCCAGGCUUCUGAAUACUAUGCAGUUGAAGUAUAAGGAAAAUAAAGCUUUCAGAAUUUACACAAGA